AUGGCGCAAAACAUCAUCUACAAAUCCAAAGAAGUAGAUUUCCAUGGCGAGAAAAGGAACAUUCUGUACCCAAAGCAUGGUCAUUCGCGUACUGCCCUCCUGGUCCUUGCGAAUUGCAUGCUAUUGAAAGGCAGCUUGACUAUUUCUCCUCAUCCUAAUAACGAUUACCCACAGCAGAGUUUGAUAUUGCGCUUGAGUCGCAUCUACCGUAUGAAACAUUCGGCUCUUGGUGGUGACUGUGUUAUCACCAAAACUGAAAUGGACAACUCUGUCCAAUUACUGAGUGGUCUCAUUGAUGUUCAAGUUGAUUUUACCAGUAAUGCCCGUAUCCGAAGCAGUACUGUUAGGCUUGACAUGUUUAACCAUAUGAAAGUUCAGUUAUUACAUGCUUGGUUGGUACACCCCGAUGAUACUGUUAUUUUUGGUGCUGUUGGAACUGAUUAUCAUCAUGUGUUUAUGAUUGAAAAUUCAGGUGGACUACCAGUUUAUGACAGAAAUGCAGACCCAUUGGUACUGAAUUUCCUGAGUUCAGGGGUGACCGCUUUUGGCAUACACGAGCUAAAGAAUUCCACGCUGGAAGGGCAAAUCUUUGCUUUGUUUUGGAAUGGAUCCUUUCAUACUUUGACUAAGCACAAUGGAACUUUGUUUUUACUCAACAAUGUUAUAGAUGCUUUGGCUACAGACAUGUUGUGGAAAGAGUUCAAUGAACAUGAUGAUGGUCAGUUCUGUAACAGCAAUUUUGUGGCAGCACCAAUGGAUGAAAAUAAAUCUGAAGAUAUUCAAAAUGCUCAGGCAGAAGUGCCUACUAGCCAAACAGCACCAGCAGUUUCACAAAGAAUGUACAAAUGCGAGAGGCAUAAUUGUCAAACAGUUUUUUUGUCUCUGGUGAACUCAAAUCGGCACAAACAAGUUCAUGGAAAAAAUCCAAAAUUGAAAAUGGCUUCUUUCAGUAAAGCUGAGCUCAGUAAACAUUGGGAUGAGUUGAACCAUCAGGAGGCUGGUAAGGUUCUUUCAAUUAAGGACAUGAAUAUACAGGGCAUAUCUGGUGGUCUACUUUACCGAAUGAUUGAAAAAAUUGACAAUGGAGAUGAAUUUUACAGCAGAACCAAUAGAAUGAAGGUUGUUUUGGAUGGUACUAAAAAAAUAUCAUCAGAUGAGCUGUUCACUGUUCUUGAUAAAGACAGUGAGAAUACAGCCUUUUCAACUGAUAUACGUUUUUGUCCUGAGAAGGUUGUAUUUAGCCAGCAGCUGCUCCUGUUACAUGAUUUGAACAAUGUUUUGGCAUGCUGCUGCUACUUCGUGGAAAAAAAUCUGGAUUUUAUGGAGAACUUGGAUGCCAUUGGUAAAUAUUGGGAUGAUCUUACCUGUGAUCAGACUCGCCAAAUCUUGUCUUUAAACGGAAUAAAAAUCACGGGUUCCAAUUUGAAGAAACUAAAGCACAGAUUGAAAAAUUUAGACCAAAAUCAUCCGCUUGCUAUGACUAGCAAUCAAUUGAUUGAUAUUAUUAGUUGUUCUAAGAAAACGACAUCGAGAGAGUUGUUUGCUGUGCUUGAGAAAGCCAGUGAGGAUACCCAUUUCUCCAAUGACUUACGACAUUGCAAGGAUGAUGAAAUCUUUGCGGUUGGGGGUAAUAAACGUACACCAAGUAACGAUGUUGCACUUUUGAGUUAUAUGAUAGAGAGGAAAUUGGUUCAGGAGUGGUAUCAUUUCAAGGAAGGUGUCACGAGUGAUAUUCAGGGGCAGCUUAUGCACGAUAGGAAAUCUGAGCAAAGUGACACCGCAGAACCAGUCAACAUGGGUGGGGAUAAGCUUCUGGAGAAAAGGGAUAGCACGGAUUGCAAAGCAGGUCAUGCUGACGGUGUUCCAACAAGCCAGGACAUUUUGAAUCCUAUUCCAGGGGAUACAGCUGCAUCAAGCCUGGAUAGGGGAGCAGGUCAUUCUGACAGUGGUUCAACCAGCCAACCUAGUUUGGAUCCUAUUCAAGGGAUUUUGUUAGAGCAAUUUGUCAGAAGUAACAAGCUUACAAAAAUAUACAAGAUCCGCCCUAAUGAUGUGUUUAAGCCUCUGAAGAGGAGUUUGAAGACGUUGAAAAAGGAUCUUGAUUUUUCAAUUCAUAAGCAGAAGUUGAAGGCAGUCUUUAAAUUGUCUUUGGUUAUUUUGACACGUUCGGGAAGGAGAUGCGCUAGAGGCUUCUUGCUAUGGAUUGUCAAAAAUCACAGAGAACGGAAGAGCUGGAAUGGAUCUUUUCAAUUUUCUGAUAUGCAGGUGUUAAAUGGGCAGUUCAUUAUCUCAAAAGCAGCAGACAUGGAAUUGUCUUUGGAAAGCGCUUCGGCAGAUUUCAAGAGGUUAUGGGACCUGCUAUUGGUUCCUUACUAUAAAAAUGCUGAGCUGGGAAGCUACCCUCUAUAUUUUGAUGAGUUUGGACAUGGUAUACUUAAUCUUCCAGAUCCUGUUACUGAUCCUGAUAACUUCAUGAAGUAUGAAAAGUACCUGGCUUUGCAUUUUGCUUUCAUGCCUCCCCUCAGCAGGUCAACACUUCUGAUCAAUCUCUACAAAGCCUACGAUACAGAUCGUUCAGUCCCAGAUCAUGCAUACAAACCAUUAAACAAGAGAAUGACUAGUGAUUGGAGGGAUUGCGUUAAAUAUUUGCCUAUUCUUACAAGUGUGUAUUACUUCAAUGUUGAUGACCCACAUUUGAACCCAUACUCACCUACAUACUUCCAUCUUCUGAAAUUUUCGAGGAAUUUUGGUUCUCAUGAUUUGGACCACACUAAGCUUCCUGGCUUACAGACACAGUUGGUGUCUGAUAUGAUGAUAACUGAUCUUGUUAUUGGUCAGCUUCUUGCUCCCAGUCUUGUUGAGUUGGUUUUGUUUAUUGUAAAUCAUACUAACAUGGAGGGCAGAUUCUUCCGAGCAUUUCAAGCAUUUGAGUCGUCAGAUGAUGAGGUGUUCUUUUGUGUUGAGGACGACGACGACAAUGAAUGGUCAGACAGUGAAGGCACUGAUUCCUGUGAUGCUUCUGCAUAA